GUCUUUUACAUUUCCAACUCAUCAAAAUAAAAGGUUAAAGAAAGAAAAGGAAAACACAAGAAAUUUUUUCUAGAGAGUGAGAUCUUAAGAAAGGCUUAAUAACCUUGAAACAACCCGUAUAUCACUCUCUCUCAUAUUUCCUUGAAGUAAAGCAAAGGCGAAGCAAAGAAGAGUGCAACAACGGUGGUUUUGAGAAGUGUGAAAGAUGGCUGGUUACAGAGCAGAGGAUGACUAUGACUACCUUUUCAAGGUGGUGUUGAUCGGUGAUUCAGGAGUGGGAAAGUCCAAUCUGCUCUCGAGGUUCACCAGGAACGAGUUUAGCCUCGAGUCUAAGUCCACCAUUGGCGUCGAGUUCGCUACUCGUAGCUUGAAUGUUGAUGGCAAGGUUAUCAAGGCCCAGAUUUGGGACACUGCUGGUCAAGAAAGGUAUCGUGCCAUAACAAGUGCCUACUACCGAGGAGCUGUUGGUGCACUUCUUGUGUAUGAUGUUACGCGGCACUCCACAUUUGAAAAUGUUGAGAGGUGGUUAAGAGAGUUGAGGGAUCACACGGAUCCCAACAUUGUAGUCAUGCUCAUUGGUAACAAAUCAGAUCUUCGUCACCUUGUGGCUGUCUCAACCGAAGAUGGGAAAUCCUUUGCUGAGAAAGAGUCUCUCUACUUCAUGGAAACUUCAGCUCUGGAAGCUACUAACGUGGAAAACGCAUUUGCUGAAGUUCUUACUCAGAUCUACCAUAUUGUGAGCAAGAAGGCUAUGGAGACAGGUGACGAAGGGGCUGCUUCAGCUGUUCCUUCCAAAGGCGAGAAAAUCGAUGUCAGCAAAGACGUCUCUGCAAUGAAGAAAGGCGGGUGCUGCUCAAGCUAGGAUGUUAACCUGAAGUCGAUUGUCUUAAGGAUGUGGCUGGGGGUUUGUUUCUGCCGCACGGAUUUCUUUGUAAAACUUGGUUUUGUAAAAUUUUUCUCAAAAAGGUACCUACAGUAGGGGAGAUCGGCCGAGAUUGAUUUAAUUUACAUUCAAAAUUUUUCCUGGUGGCUGUUAUAACUUAUUUUUAGUAGACAAGAGGCGAAUGAGGAGCAAGGUAUUACACUAUUGCAUUUAAAUAGGUGCUUAGAAAAAUCUGUUGCCUGAGAACAGUUGUUCCCAGCUCUCAUAUUGGAAUUACCAUAUCUAGUCUUUUUCUUUCCCUUCCCA